UGAUAAAGGGAAUGGUUCUCUCAUAAUUUAUUGAAUUGUACAUAAUUUUAUAUUUUUCUAGAAAAGAAAAAAAACCAGAUACAAACGAGUGAUUUGAUAUUGUGCAAAUCAUUGCUCAAUUUCUAUAAAAAAAAAACAAACAAACAAACAAAUACCGAAAAAUAAAUAUUUUCUACAUAUUGUUUUUCACCAAAAGUAAAUGGCGUUGUCAUUCCAGAUUUUUUUUCUCACGGUUUAAAAAAUUUCACGAAGAAUCGAUUUACCCUACCAUUUAUUUUUCAAUGUUUAUUGCAGCGGUUGAGGUAGAGUAGAUGAUAAAAUUAGUGUUGAGGUGAAUUAUUGAGAUAUGAGAAAAAAAUCGAAAGAUUAAUUGAUAGGUGGAUUCGAAUAGCAACUCUGGUUCCUGUGUUCACGCACGCACGUUGACUUGCACGUCUCGCAGCAGCGUUGGAAAACACGCGCUUGCGCUCAAACUGAGUGACAAGUGCAAGGUACUGUUCAAUCACAAAUUACAUUUAACAACUGAGAUGAGAGAACAUCGAGAGAUAGUAUGAAAUUUUAUGAUUUCACAAUUGAGAGCCACGGAUACCACACCACUCCAGGGUCCAAAGUACCUCAAGAAAUAAUCACCGAAUUCCUAUUGUAACGAUUUGUAUUGCAAUCAGAUUAUUAACCGAUACUAUUCGUUAAUUAUGAAAAAUUACGAAAACUGUAAUUUAUUUUUCAUUUACAGAUGAGCAUUGAGUUGUAUUCUUAGCAGGAGUGAGAUCGAGGGCUAUUUCAUUAUAAAGAUAUUCACAUGUCAAUGUACCGUGGGUGGUGCGUGGCCCUCAAUUGUUGAUUAUUGUUGUCAAUGAUUUGUCUGGUGCUGGUAAUUUUCGGUUUUUUUUUUCCUUUUCGAGGACAACGGAAUUAUGAUUACUUUCUCUGGUGUUACAUUCCUAGCACAAGAGCACCUUUCUCAGUUGAGAAUAGAGAAAGAUACGAACAAGUUUGAUGAUAAAACCAGAACUGUUCCCCCUGCAACUGCCUUUUUGCCACUGGUGGAUCUUACCGGUUCACAUUUAUUUCGGAUUAAAACAGUUUUCAUGCGAAGAAACAGUUUGUAUCGAUUAACGGAUUUUUCGAGUUAUUAUUCUUCGUUUAGUAAUUUUCAAGUCAUUGACACUCGAGUGUUGUUGUUUAGAGAUGAGUGGCUAAAUGAUAAAUAGUGUUGAAUUAGAGAGGAUUAAAGAGUGUUUUUGGUAAAGAGAGAAGCAAGUUCAUUUAAUAUUCGGGAAUUGUUCUACGAAAAAUCAAUUGACGCUAUUAUUCUAAUGACAUUUAUUAUAAGGAAGAUGAUAGAUACUGUAACCAUUUAAUAACGAGAAUAAAUAUGUAGAACAUUGCACAAGGUGAUUGAUAAUUGUUAGUGCAAUCGUUGAACAAUUAUUGUUUCUCUUUCGUUCUUUUUUUAAUCAUGUGCAUGAAUGUGUCUGUAAAAACAGCCGACUCCGAUAUUCCGUGGUAUUUUCAUUUUUGAUUGAUCUUUCGCUCUGACUCAUCUGAAGUUCUGUCCGAAAAUGAUUUCCUUGGGCAGAAGUAUCGUUAUCACUCGGUGCAUCCACCGACAUUAAACACCCAAACUUUCAGAUAAUCUUAUCCAAUAAAACAUCAUGUCAACGACAUUUCUAAAAAAGUACAAAGUUAUUCAAAAAAUCGGCGAAGGCUCAUUCUCGGAAGUUUUGAAAUGCCAGGACAGAGUCACUGGUUUUGUUUACGCCGGCAAGAGAUUGAAGAGCACUUAUCAGUCCCUCAACGAGAUUCUCGACAGUCCCGAGGUAAUAGCCAUGAGGAAGAUAAGUCGACAUCCCAAUAUACUUUACAUGAUUGAAUGCCACUAUGACUCAUUACCUGGAAAAGUCACUCUUAUGUUCGAGCUGAUGGACAUGAGUCUGUACGACUUGAUAAGAUCACGAAAAGGAAGAGUCAUACAGGAAGUCAAAGCCAAAUUCUUUCUCUAUCAACUGUUGAAAGGUCUGGAUCAUCUCCACAAGUACGGCAUCUUCCACAGGGACAUAAAACCCGAAAAUAUCCUCGUGAAGGGGAACACGAUGAAACUCGCUGAUUUCGGGUCGGUCCGUGGCAUCUACAGUAAACCCCCGUACACCGAGUACAUUUCCACCAGGUGGUACAGAUCCCCAGAAUGUCUAUUGACCACCGGUUUUUACGGUCCGAAGAUGGACAUCUGGGCUCUGGGGUGCGUCUACUUCGAGCUCCUAACACUCAAACCUCUCUUCCCAGGUUCCAACGAAAUCGAUCAGAUAAUUAAAAUCCACGGGGUCCUGGGAACUCCUCACGCGAGAAUCAUCGCGAAAUUUCGUCGACACAAAUCAAAAAGCUGUGAAUUUUUCUUCCCUAACAAACCCGGAAUUGGCAUCUCAGCUCUUGUUCCUCAUGUGAGUGACGCCGGAAAGGAGCUGAUGAAGAUGAUGUUGGUUUAUGACCCGGAGAACAGGAGCAAUGGCAAGAGGCUGUUGGAAAAUCGUUACUUCAAUGAUUUGAGGGCAUGCGAGUCUCCGAGACAGAUGAUCCCUUUCCCGUAUCCUAGUGCUACGCCAGAAGGCUCUCACUGGAGAAAUCCAAUGCUCUUGAGCUACAUCACCUCUGAGAAACGUCGAAAAUGCAAACCCUUGAGCACACGUAGACCUAAAUUUUUCGAGGAAGGGAACUCCAAGACCCCGAGGAUCGUAGCGUCUAGCCCAAAUGCCAGACCUAAUGUCUCCAGCAAAUCAAAUGUCUCGAAAAUAGCGGUUUCAGAACGAGGGGACAGUAGUGCCUCGAUAACUCAUGAUGCAAGGAGACAGAGAAAUAUAUUGUGGAGAAGAAAUGUUUAUUCCACGAGGACGGAGAGACCCAGUGGCUCACCGAGCUCAACCUUCAGCUCUAAACUACCAGUUAUCAAAUCUAAGAGCACGAAAUUCGAAGGAAACGGAGAAUCGAGGAUUGCUGUGAGGAAAAUUCCACCCAGAAGCAAUCAGUCAGGUGUUUCUUCUCAUUAUAAUCUGAGGGGAAGUACCCUGAUUGCGAGUGGCGAGCAGAAAUCGUCCAAGAGAAUCAGAAGUGUCACGUUGCUUCCCGAAAUCGUGCAAAAGCCGGAGGUGAAACGUAGACUCUCCAGUUUGACUGUUCCAAAAUCACAAGGGAAGACUGAAGGAGAGAAGAAAAAUGAGAAAAAUACUCGUCUUACGACGAUAGUAGAAGCUAAAGUACCACUUGUUCAUAUCGAUUCCCCGAAUAUCAAAAGUCCAGCAAAAAAAAUACCUAAACAUGAAAUUCCAAGUGAUACACACGAUAUUAAUCGGAGAGGGAUCAUGAACAAACGUGUAAAGGGAAUUCAUCCAACGCAGUGAGUGCCUCUGAGACGAACAAAUUAUGCAGAUCAAGUGUCUCUUCAUCAUCCCAAGACUGGGCCUCCA